AUGGUUUGACCCAAAUGCCCCUCUUUAUACACGUUUCAGAUCUCAGCACUCUUCCAAAGUGACUGCAGCUAUAAGCAGGUGGCCAGCAUAAUUUUGCAGCUGCUUCCAUUAUUAAUGCUUUCUCUCUCCCUAUCCUUCUGCCUUGCAUGAGGCUUUCAACCUGUCUUUCUCAGCACAUUGACAGCCAACCCUUUCAUCUCCGUACUUUUCCAUCUGCCACUAUCCAUGUCCAAAGGACAUUUGAAGGAGGAACCCUGGCAAAAGCAUUGGGCUGCAGCAAAGGAACUAAAGAACAUACAGAACAAGACUGAAGAUGUAUUUUCAUUACUUAAUCUGCCUCUGGAUUCCCCUCUCCUUUAGGGUCUCUGAAACCCAUAACCCAUGCCAUAAAAUCUGCUUCUGCACAGAAGGGGCAAUGUUUGUGAACUGUUCAGGAGUCAAUGUCAGCUCCAAUCUCAUUUUCCCUCCAGAGACAGAACACUUGGAUCUGUCAAACAGUCAGUUACAUUCUGUUCCAAGCAAAGGUCUCAGAUCCCUGUGGAAGUUACAGAUUCUCCUUCUGAGUGACAACUACAUCAGGAGAGUUGAAGAGAGAGCAUUCAUCUCCCUGGAGAGACUCCAUAAGCUUGAUAUUGGUAGAAAUGAGAUCUCCUUUCUUGGAAACAGUUUUUCAUUGGGUCUCGUUACUCUCUAUGAACUCACUUUGGCCUACAAUAGGCUGCAGGAGCUACAGUACAAGAACUUCAAGCACUUUGAAAGUCUUCAGAAGCUCAAUUUGCAAAAUAAUAAUAUAUCAUUGAUAGAAACGGGUGCAUUUCGCAGUCUCACCUGCUUGAGGCAACUUUGUCUUCAGAAUAAUCACCUUCGUAACCUCAACAAUGGAGAUUUUUCUAUGCUGCAACACUUAGAAGUUUUGAACUUGGAGGGCAACAGAAUCAAAACCAUUGGCCCUGGAGUCUUUACUUCUUUAAGCAGCCUCACAAUACUUAACCUGGUGCACAACCAAAUUGAACAUAUUCGGUUCAAGACAUUAUUAUCCCUCCAGACCUCUGGCACUCACAUCUUGCUCUCGGACAAUCCAUGGUUUUGUGACUGUGACCUUCAGAGGGUUUUUGCUAAACUGCACAGUGUCAGGAGGCUGAUCCUAGAUGACUACCACAAUGUGACGUGCAUGGAGCCCCAUAUCCUGAGAAACCGUCCUCUGUCAUCUGUGGACACCCAGCUGUGCAUUGCAGAGACAGUGACGGUUCUUGUCAUAACUUUCACAGUCUUUGUUACUGUGGUAGCUGCCAUUGUCAUGGCUGAAAGGAACAGAAAGAAGAGGACAGGCAAGCACUGGAGUGAGGACAGCAAAGUCUCCUAUGAUGCUCACAACUGAAGCAGCACAUCUUGAGAGCACCUUUUCGUCUACUUAGAG